AUGUGGACGAUUCGUCGCCGACUGAGAACGACGCGCAUCGCGUCGCUGACGCGCGACGCGCUCGCGCGCGCGCUCGCGACCGCGCCCGCGGGCGACGACGCGCGCGGCGUCGUCCUGCGAUGCGCGCUGAGGGUUGACGGUGGGACGGCGUCGUCGACGCGCGCGAGGCGCGAGGGACGCGUGCCGGGCGUCGUGUUCGCGCCGGGAAGCGAACGAGGGACGAUGAUCACGGUGUGCGAGCGAGAGAUGAACGCGGCGGUGCGCAAACACACGCUGGCGGGGGUGGCGUGCGAGGUGUUCGACCUGGAGGUGCAGACGACGACGGCGACGGGCGAGGAGAGCGGGGAGACGAGACGAGUGCGAGCGUUGGCGAAGCAAGUGCAGAUGCACGCGUAUAAUCAAAUGGUAGAUAACGUGUGUUUCUUAGAGGUGAAACCGGAGACGGAGGUCAAGGUGCGCGUGCCCGUGGCGACGCAAGGCGAAGACGUCAGUCCGGGGGUGAAGCGAGGCGGGUUCGUGCAGAUUAUGCGACAGACGGUUCCCGUGAGAUGCAGGAGCGAUUCCAUCCCGAAACGAUUUUUGAUGGACGUCUCCACGCUCGAUGCGGGCAAGGUCAUCAAGAUUGGCGAUGUGACCGUGCCAGAGGGGGUGAAACUUUUAGACGCCGACUUGAAUCUUCCUUUGGUUCGAAUCGGCGGCAGAGUCAAGAGCGCGGAGUAG